CGGAGUAUUAGCUAGUUGUACACGAGCAUGAUACAGAUUCCUAAUCCAACCGGUUUUGUUGCUUGUUUAUUUAUAAACCCAUUCAUUCAUUAAUAAAGAGAUAAUUUUUCGGUUAUCCAAUCCGGUCUUCUAUCACUCUGAAAGUCUUCUGAAGAUAAAAUCCGUCCUUUACAACGCUAGGCAUAUUAUUUCUUGCGUUAAUAUAAAUUUUUGGUUAAGGGUUUCCAUGAGGAAUUCAGGAUUGAUAGGCAAAAAAGCAUUGCCCGCCGGCAGCGGGAAGGAAGACGAAGAAGAGGAAAGGGCAGGCUGGGGCGAUCUAAACGAGGAGCUUUUGUGCUGUAUAUUGUCGCGUUUGGAUGUGAUAGGAGAUGAGGUGAGCUUUCAGUGCGUUUGCAAAUCAUGGAAGCUGGCAGCGGCAAGAAGGAUGCCGCCGCCACAGGCGGCGUUAGCAUCUCAUCACGAUCCUCCGCCGCCUGCUUUAGAUUCGGCGCCGUAUCUGAUGUACUUGAACCACAGAACUGGGAGGUUCAAUUUCCAUGACCCGACUCGCAGAGGUGCCACAUAUUCAGUACACAUCCCUCAACUAUUGGGGGAUUACCCGGGCGAGGUUGAAUGUUAUUAUGCUAGCUGCGGUUGGCUGCUUCUUCGCAAGGGCCCCAUGACAUACUUCCUUUUUAACCCCUCCACCAUGGAUAGAAUUGACCUUCCUCCAGUACGUGACAUGCCCAUCUCAUUCGAAUCCAUGUGUUUCUCUGGUUCGCCCACUUCUUCCUCGUGUAGGAUUGUUGGCUUUGUCAGUUAUGUCCCACAAAAAGUGGCCUUUAUUGGAGAAACAAUGGUGGGAUGUGAUUCUUGGUCCGUGUCUGUCAACACUAGCAACCCAGAUGACUUCGUGGCAUCCAUAUGCCCCCCCAUUGUCUGUGAUGGGAGCUUUUAUGUUUUGGGUGAAUCUGGGAAUUUGGGAUGCCUCUGGUUUCGACCUCCCAAGAAGGGACUGACUGAGGUUUCUUGGGAAGUUAUUGGCAAGCCAGCAGAUGAACUGUUUUAGACAUUCAAAGAUCAAUUCCUCCUCGAAAGCGAUGGCGACAUCAUGUGCGUGGCAACUCUACAAGGAGGGGGCGAGGUUUGUGUUCUCAAGCUUGAUCCACACACUCAAGUGUGGCAAAAGGUGGAUGAUCUCCAAGGAAAAGCCUUGUACGUCUCUCAAUCCGCAUCCUUCUCCCUUAAAGCAAUUCCCAGAGGACGAGGAACGGGUAACAAGGUCUACUUUCCUAGAUUCUACAACAACCGAGGACUGUUUUAUUGCAUGGGAACCAAAGAGUGGCGCAACUUUCCCCAUACUUUCUCAAGUGAGGAUGCCCAUAGAUAAGAGUUGGAUAUAUAUAAAGAAUCGAUUAUCAAAUAGAGCAGAGUGGUACAUUUUGCAGAAUUGCCCGGAAGUCCAACAGUAUAUUGAUGAGCACAAAGAGGUGAUUAGUUUGCGGAACACCAUCUGUUCAUUGGAUGAAAUUCAACUUAAGGAGUUUCCACAAUGGUUUCAAAGGAAGGUAUAUCCAUAAUUUCAGUCAUGAGGAGAUGGCUAAUCAUAUUCGAGGGUACUUCACAGAACUGUUUGGGGAUUCGAACGGAUAUGGAUAUCACCAGAUACCGGGACUGGAGUGCCCAAAAAUUUCAGAGGAGCAAAGGAUCAAUUUUAUGAAAGAGGCUGAUUUGGAGGAAGUUAAAAGAGUAGUUUUUAGCUUGAACAGUUUCAGCAGCCCAGGACCGGAUGGACUACAAGCAGUUGUGUAUAAGAAAUUUUGGGAUACGGUUGGUUCUACCAUUACAAAUUUUGUAAACACUUCUCUCCGAACAGGGAGUAUCCCUGCCCAAAUACUAAAGGCUAACAUGGUUUUAAUCCCGAAAAAUGAAGCCCCAGAGGUAGCUGGUAAUUUCAGACCUAUAAUUUUACUUAAUGUGGUUUACAAGGUGAUUUCUAAACUUCUGGUUAGUCGCAUGAGGAAAUGGAUUGGGCAGAUUAUUGGUCCGUUUCAAAGUAGCUUUGUACCGGGCAGAGGUACAACUGAUAACAUUCUUAUUACGCAGGAGGUUGUUCAUUCGUUAGAAUCUAGAAAGGGAAGGAAAUGUGGAAUGAUAAUGAAGCUAGAUUUGCAAAAGGCUUAUGACUGCUUGAGUUGGAAGUUCCUGGAGGUGACUUUGACAGAUUUUGGUUUCCCCAUGGAGUUCACUAGACUGAUCAUGAACUCAAUAAGAGAAAUGAAGAUUGGGAUAAUAUGGAAUGAGUACAUCCUAGAGGAUAUUCAGCCAAAAAGAGGUCUUAGGCAAAGAGAUCUCAUAUCGCCUUACUUGUUCAUUCUUGCUAUGGAACGACUCUCGCAUCUCAUCUCUAGGGAGGUUGAUGCAGAUAGAUGGAAGCCAAUAAGGGUAGGAAAACCGGGUAUUAGCAUUUCUCACCUUUUCUUCGCAGACGACUUGAUGCUUUUUGGUACUGCGUCUAGGGAGCAAAUUGAAGUUAUGAUGCAGAUUAUGGAGACGUUCUCAUUUAGAUCGGGUCUGGAAAUUAAUAAGGAUAAAUCUAGGGUGUAUCUUUCGCCCAAUAUUGAUGGGGGUACUAGAAGCAGCCUUCAAAAUCUCUCUGGUAUUAAGCCAACUACAUAUCUUGGUAAAUAUUUAGGUGCCCCUAUCAUUCAUGGGCGCAAAUCUAAAGACAAAUGUGCUUUUAUUCUUGGCCGGGUGAAACAAAGAUUGGCUUCUUGGAAAGAAAAGGUAUUAAAUUUGGCUGGCCGAAAGACACUGGUUCAAUCCGUGACCACGGCUAUACCCCAAUAUGUUAUGCAAAGCUCUUUGAUUCUUAUGAGUAUAUGCGAUAGCAUCGACAAAAUCAACAGAAACUUUCUUUGGGGUCACAAGGGAGAUAGAAGUAAAAUUCAUCUAGUCAAUUGGGAUGAAGUUUGCAAACCAAAGGAAGAAGGUGGUUUGGGCAUUCGGAAAGCUUGGUAUAACAACCUGGCCUUAAUCUCUAAAUUGGGUUGGGACAUCAUGAUGGAUGCCCAGAAGCUUUGGGUGAAAGUUUUCAAGGCGAAAUAUAUCAGAAACUCUUCAUUUUUUGAAAUUACAAAAAAAUCACGAACCUCUCACACUUGACGGGAUAUCUUGAAUAACAGGGACAUCAUACGGAAUGGGCUGGGAUGGCAAGUGGGUAAUGGUGAGAACAUAUCAUUCUGGUUCGAUAUUUGGGUGAGAGAUAGGCCUCUCUAUGAAGAAGUUGCAUCCCCGUUAGCAGCAACUGCAGGACAAGUUAGAGUGGCGGAUUUAUUAAGGAAUAACAAGGAACGGAAUAUUGACAAACUUAAUACAAUACUUCCAGAAGAAGUGGUCGAGGAUGUGAGAGCGGUACCUAUUCCUAUGGCAAAUGAUUAUCCUGAUGGCAUUUACUGGAGGCUAACUGCAACAGGUGAGUUUUUCUGUAAAAUCAGCAUAUAACUCUAUGUUUUUGUCACAGGAUAUAGAUGACUGGAGCUGGGUAUGGAAGAUUCGGGUGGCUGAAAAGAUCCGAUGUUUUCUUUGGCUUGUGAUAAAAAAUAAACUUCUCACAAAUGUGGAAAGAUGGAGAAGGAAUCUAACUGAUGAUAAAAUAUGCCCAAUAUGUAAUAAUGAAGAAGAAACAAUGCUCCAUUUGCUUCGGGGCUGCCCCUUUGCAAUAAAAGUUUGGCAGAGAAGUUUAUUAUGUGGCCAUAGAACAGGAGAUACCAGCUCCAGUAGUCUAGAGUGGGUUCGAAGCCACUGCAAUGCCAUUAGUGAUGUUUCUGGUAGAACCGCUCAUGCCUCAAAGUUUGCAUAUACGGCGUGGAUGAUCUGCAAAUCAAGAAAUGAGUGGAUUUUUAGAGUGUACAACUAAAUGUGGACAAGCUUAUGUGGAAAGCCCAAUUUUUAGCAGAUGAAUAUAUAGGUACGACAUCGUUUGAUUGUAUCAAGCAAUGUAAAGAGGCUAAAAUCGUUAAAUGGAUUCCUCCAGAACCAGGAUAUUUUAAACUUAAUUGUGAUGGAUCUAGUCGAGGAAAGGGAAAAGAGGCCGGGGCUGGUGGGCUGAUACGUAAUCAUAAAGGAGAAUGUGUUAGCGGUUUUUGUAUUAAUAUUGGGAAAUCUGAUAGUUUUAAAGCAGAACUUUGGGGAUUAAGGAAAGGUUUGGUACUAGCGAGAGAGCUAGAUCUGAAUAGAGUUAUUGUUGAGUUUGAUUCUGAGAGCAUGCUAAAAGCUGUUAAUAAGAGGGAUGGUUGGAACAAAAAUAGUAUAGGGGUACUGGUUCGAGAUUGCCAGGAGCUUCUUGGAGAUGAAAGGUUUGUCAAGGUUCAACAUACUUUUUGAUAAGGCAAUAGAAGUGUCGAUGUUUUAGCUAAUGCGGCUCAUGCAUCGCCUUGGGGACUUACUAUUUUUCAAGAGGCUUCUGCAUGGAUAAAAAUUACUCUUCUUGAGGAUGCUAAUGGUCUAGAGUUUAUUAGAUUUUAAUUUCUUCUUUUUUGUUUGUUCUUCUUUUCCGAUGUAUUAAAAAUAAUAAUUUCAGUCAUAUUAUUUUUCUUGGUGCAAUUUCAUUGAUAACUAAUAAAUGUUUAUCUGUUUAGAUCUUUUCCCUCCAAGAGUGUUCAACGCCAGAAGUGAGCGAAC